CAUCUUUUUCCACGCAGACGUUGAGCCAGUGAGAAGUCCUGCUGUGUUGCUCCAAGCCAAGGAAGGAGGCAGAGGAGAGGAGGAGGAGGGAAUGCUGCAGGAUGCUUUUUUAGAAUCAUGGCUGUUAAAUCCUCUGGCGACUCGGAGACAAACAUCUAGCUUCAUGUGAGACUUACAAGGAGGACGACGAGCACCAUGUCCUCCGCGGUCGUCGCGGUGUGGCUCGCCACGGUUUACAUUGUGCAUGGCAGCAAUGCCACACACAUGGCUUUGCAUGAAGGAAAUGUCCGCAAGGAGAGAACCGUUGGCUGGAAGCAGAGAACAGCCUUGUACAGAAAUGUGAUCACCAUCUUGUCAAAGUCGCACGCGGAGCGUAACGUCUACCCGUCUGCGGGUGUGCUGUUCGUCCACGUCUUAGAACGAGAGUACUUCAAAGGGGAGUUUCCCCUCUACCCAAAAUCAGGUGACGCCACCAACGACCCCAUCACUUUUAACACCAACCUCAUGGGGUACCCAGACCGACCCGGCUGGCUGCGCUACAUCCAGCGCACUCCCAAUAGUGACGGAGUUCUCUACGGUUCCCCCACCUCUGAGCAUGUGGGCAAGGCCACCAUCAUAGAGAUUACCGCCUAUAACCGACGCACUUUCGAGACAGCACGGAACAACUUGGUCAUAAAUGUCAUGGCCACCGAGGAGUUCCCGCUGCCCUACCAGGCAGAGUUUUACAUCAAAAACAUGAACGUUGAGGAGAUGCUGGCCAGCGAGGUGCUGGGAGAUUUUCUGGGAGCCGUGAAGAACGUGUGGCAGCCCGAGCGCCUCAAUGCCAUCAACAUCACCUCGGCGUUAGACCGCGGAGGACGUGUACCACUGCCUAUUAAUAACCUGAAGGAAGGCGUGUACGUGAUGGUGGGCGCUGAUGUCCCCUUCUCGUCGUGCCUGCGCGAGGUGGAGAGCCCCCACAACCAACUGCGCUGUAGUCAGGAGAUGGAGCCCGUCAUCAGCUGUGACAAGAAGUUCCGAGCGCAGUUUCACAUCGACUGGUGUAAAAUCUCUCUGGUUGACAUCAACAAAGUAAUCCCGGUAUACGUCAAGCGUCCUGAGCUGGGUCCUGGGGUGUUGCCUGAAUUCGGGGAUUACAACCCCCCGUCAGAGUCUCUGAAGAGCCGGGACUACUUCACGGACUUCAUCGUGACGCUGGCUGUUCCUUCGGCGGUGGCGCUCGCUCUCCUCUCCAUGCUAGGCUAUACCAUGUGCUGCCGAAGGGAAGGGGUCAUCCAGCUGGUCCACCACAGCUCCAUCCAGAAAUCCACCAAAGAGAUGCGCAACAUGUCAAAGAACCGGGAAAUCUCCUGGCCGCUCUCCACACUGCCCGUCUUCAACCCGGUCAGCGGCGAGGUGGUGCCGCCCAUCCAUCCCGACACCUACGAGACCACCAGCAUGCCUCUCAUGCAGACGCAGACGAACCUACAAAACCAGAUUACCAUACCACAACAACAAUCAGGAGAUAGCUAUGUCAUGUCGACAUUUCGAAGGUUGGAGGUAAAUGGUAUUCCUGAGGAGAGGAAGGUGGCUGAAGCACUCAAUUUGUGAUCUGACUGAAGGUCAACAAACAAAAGUCAAAAAAGUGUCAUCGAUGGGCUCGACUACUUUCUUCACUUUGCGUGUGCGCGAAAAGCAUGGAGUAUCAAAUGUACACUUAAAUUUUAAAUAAUUCAAUACUGUACACAUAACACAUUUCAGAGCGACAGCAGGUGACACAGUACAGUAGCUUUUAGCACGGGACUACUCACAAAAAAACAAAAGGGGGAGGUAGUCUGAGUUUUGACCAAAAGAGCGACUUGUUCUGAAACAAACGCACCUUUUGUUGUUGUUAGUGUUCUUAAUAAAUGUACCACCCAUCUCCUU